AUGCGGGAGCUGCGAGAUCGCUGCCAUGAGCAGGGCCAAACCGUUGGGCUGCUGACGCAGCGCCUUGCAGAUGCUCGCAGCGCCAUCGCAGCAGAGCUGCAGGACGCCGCGGCCGAACGUGCUGCCCUGGGAGCUGAGCUUUCCGAGGAAUCGCAGCGCAACCGGCUGCAGGCUGCCAUGGUGCACGAAGAAGCAGAAGCCACAUCCAGAGUGGAGGCUUAUGAACAGCAGUUGGCAUCGAUGGUCGCAGUCCGUGGCUCUCUGCAGGCCCAGCUGGAGGCUGCACUAAGGGUGCAGACCGAGCUGCGCGAGCACCUGGCUGCGGAGAGAGACGGCCGCGCCGAGCUGGAGGUGGCUGGCGAGCGAGAGAUGCUUGCCUGGGAGAAGAACAAGGAGAUGAUACACUCCCCAGGCACAGAGUUGCAGAGUGUCCGGGAUGCCCAGACCAAGCUGCAGCAACAUCUAAAUGCCGAGGCCGUGCUCUGUGAGCGCGAGGCUGCAGCUUUGCGAGACCGGAUGGAGGAGCUCGAGGAGGAGAUGCAGGCGGCCGAGGAGAGCAAGCAGCGUUGCACUGUGGCGCUGGGUGCUGCAGGGUGUGAAUGGACACUUUUGCAUGAAGAAGCGGCAGAGGCCGAGCAGGCCGCAAGUGUCAGGAAUGCUGAGCUUGAGAGGAUCACGAGGCAAGCCAGAGAGAUCCAAGCCCAAGUUCAUGGCGUCAAGGAGGAUAUUCUGCAGUGCCGGCAGGAUCACACAGCGCUCGAGCUGAAGCAGGAAAGAGAUUUCCUGCAUGAGGAGGUGCAGCAGGAAGCUCUGCGCCAAGAGGAUCUGUACCUGGAGCUUGACGAAGCCAGGCGGUCGCGGAGCCUCUUCCAGUGCCUCUUCCCACGGAAGCCUCCGCCUGCGCCUCCGCUGCCUCCGCCCAGUGCCACGAUGAGGACUAAGCCUCAGCCCAUAAGAACAUCUCCAACGUUCCAAGGGUCGAGCAGCGGCGGUAUGUCAUCAGCACCUCGUACACAAAACACGGCGCAAAGAUCGCCGCAACGGCAGGGUGCAGGUGAAUCUUCCAGUGAGGAGGAAGACUCGGAAAGUGAGGAUUUGCAGCCUCAGGCAAAGCGGCAUCCAGCUGGAGGUCGUCCCCCGCAAGCCGACACCGAGUUCAUCGAGAGCGAUGAAGUGUAG